GGGGUGGCGGCGGCGGGGGGUCUUUCGGCCGCAGCCCAGCCGGGCUCCCACAGCAUGGUUGAAUAUGUCGUGGAGUAUGAUUAUGAUGCUGUGCAUGACGAUGAACUAACCAUUCGAGUUGGUGAAAUCAUAAGGAAUGUGAAAAAACUAGAAGAGGAAGGAUGGCUAGAGGGAGAGCUAAAUGGGAGAAGGGGCAUGUUCCCUGACAACUUUGUUAAGGAAGUUAAGAGAGAGACUGAGUCAAAAGAGGAUGCUUCACCAAUCAAGAGGGAAAGGCAUGGAAAUGUGGCCAAUCUUGUUCAACGUAUGAGCACUUACGGGCUUCCAGCAGGAGCAUUCCAGCCUCAAUCCCAGUCUAAAGGCUUCAGAAGGAGAUCAAAAAAGCGUCAGUGUAAAGUUUUGUUUGAGUAUAAUCCACAGAAUGAGGAUGAGCUGGAGCUGAAGCUAGGAGAUGUUAUAGACAUUAAUGAAGAGGUGGAAGAAGGCUGGUGGAGCGGAACUCUAAAUGGCAAAUCAGGUCUAUUUCCUUCUAACUUUGUAAAAGAGUUAGAGGUAACAGAUGAUGGAGAAGCCCAAGAAGGCCUGGAUGAUGCAGAAUCAGUUUUUACUGGCCAACUCUCACCUGGAACUUCACCAGGAAAUGAGUCUAGUAAUGAGUCUGGACCUACCCUGAUAGCACAACCAAAGAAAAUCAGAGGUGUUGGGUUUGGAGAUAUUUUCAAAGAAGGCACAGUGAAGCUUAAAACAAGAUUAUCCAGUAAUGAUUUAGAAGAGAAGAAACAAGAUAAGCCAUUACCUUCCCAUUCGUCUGGACCAAAAGUAACUCCAUUUCCUGGUGUAACAGAAACUGAAAACAAACAGAAAGCUAAGGAAUAUUGCAAAACUUUGUACAUCUAUGAAGGUACAAAUGAAGAUGAACUUAGUUUUAAAGAAGGUGAUAUUAUCCAAAUAAUAAGUAAGGACACUGGAGAACCAGGGUGGUGGAGAGGUGAGCUUAAUGGUAAAGAAGGAGUUUUUCCAGACAACUUUGCACUUCAGAUUCAUGAGUCAGAUAAAGAUUUUCCUAAGCCAAAGAAACCGCCUCCUCCAGCAAAAGGUCCAGGUUCAAAGCCAGAACUUCCAUCUUUAGAGAAAAAAACUCUUCCCAAAAAUGAAGAAAAAGAUGAAAAGGCUGCAUUGGAUCAGAAAGCAUCUAAGCCAUUAGCUCCUCAGGUACCACCCAAAAAACCUAUCCCUCCAAGUAAAUCCAAUAGCAUAAGAAGUGGGAUUUUGCAUCAAAAAUGGCCAGACAAACCCAUUUUGCAACCAUCAAUAUCUAAGGCGAAUGGGGAAGUUGCUUCCUGGCGACCAAAAUCUGAAAUUGAACCUUUGGCCAAACCAAAUUUAGAUCCUGAACAGUUACCACUGAGACCUAAAUCGGUGGAGGUAGAUUCUGCUGUAAUAAAGAACAUGAAAGAAUCAGACCUUUUAAGUUUUGAUGAUAUUAAAUCUACCUCAGAUAAUUUAUCACAUCCCACAGCAAAUAGGCCGAAGAUGCUUGGCAGGAGGCUUCCUGCUCGCUUCAAUGGCAAUAAUUCUGCUCAAACCAUAGAGAAAAGUGUGAAGGUGCAUAAAGAGGAGGACAAGGAGGUGGAAAGUGCCAAACCAAAGCCAUCUGAAGUAAAAAAGCCAACUGUAUUCACCUCACCAUUUCUAUCUUCAUCACCAAGACCAAGUUCUGUUGUACUCAAUUCUACUGCUGUGGAAACAAAACUUAAACAGGAAGCCGAUGAAAGGGAAAAGCCUUCUUUGGAAGAGCUCAAGCUUCAGAUCUUUGAGUUGCUAACUGUUGUGGAAACACUGAAAAAGGAGCAUGGGAAAGAACUGGAAAAAUUGAAAAAAGAGUUGGAGGAAGAGAAGCAGAUGCGGAGCAACCUAGAGGUGGAAAUAGAAAAGCUCAAGAAAGCUGUCAUAAGUGCAUGAAAGAGCCAUAAACUGUGGGUCCAUGUUGUGCCAGGAUUUCAGAGUCAAAGAAACCAAUGAAGUCAUGUGUUAUAGAUGUCAUUUUUUUUACUUCAAACCAAUUAAUUGUAGCAUUCCAUUUUUUAAAAAUGAAUAUAUGAGUCUUAUAUUCAGUGAGCUAAGUGAAGAAAAUGGACACUUUUUUGUUUUUUGCUAAUAUAGGAGAGGCCUUAUUUCUUACUGUGCUGGAAGGGCAAACCUUUACUUUGUUUGCUUGGAAAUACUACUGAAUCUGUAUGUGUGUGCAUAUGUGUGUAUCUAUCUAUCUAUAUAUAUAUAUAAAGAGAGGAGGGUCUUAAU